AUGCAGCUUUUGACUGCUAUAUCUACAAUUGAUGACUUGAACUAUCCUGAGACGACAGAUACGUAUUAUAUUGUAAAUGCACCCUAUAUAUUUUCAGCAUGUUGGAAGGUUGUAAAGCCUCUUUUGCAAGAAAGAACAAGGCGGAAAAUCCAGGUUCUGCAAGGUUGUGGAAGAGAUUUGUUACUGAAGAUAAUGGAUUAUGGAUCACUCCCACAUUUUUGUAGAAGAGAGGGCUCUGGAUCGUCCAAGCAUUAUAGAAAUGAGGGCACUGACAACUAUUUUCCAGAGCCAAACCCAGAAGACACCGAGAUCAUGAAGACCAUUCAAACUGAAUUCCACAAAUUGUGUCCUAUUUAUGUAUAUAUAUGUUUUUGGAUUCAAUUCGAGCUUGAAAUUGUAGGAGCACUUCCAUUAUUUUCUUCUAGAGUUGGUUCAGUUCCAUCAUCGGAUAUAAAGAAUGGCAACUCUGAGGCGGUUGGAGGUGACCCCAAACCAUGUUACAAUUGUUUGGGGAGAGAUACAAUUGCAAAUGCUGCUGCUUGGGUUGGUCCUGCUGUAGUCAAUCUUUGGGUUGCACAUGGGUUAGGGUUCUAUGGCAUUACUAAUCAGAGAAUAGGGUCAGGAACUAUAAUUGAUGAGGAUGGUACAAUUUUAACAUGCGCUCAUGUUGUGAAUGAUAUUCAAGGCAUGGGGGGUGCAGUCAAAGGAAAGGUUUGUGUGACUUUGCAAGAUGGUCAGGCAUUUGUGGGUACAAUUGUGAGUGCUGAUUUACCUUCUGAUGUUGCAAUUGUAAAGAUACAUUCAAAAUCCCCGCUUCCGACUGCAACACUUGGUUCUUCCAGUAAGCUUCGUCCUGGGGACUGGGUUGUUGCUAUGGGAUGUCCAUUCUCUCUUCAGAAUACCAUUACAGCUGGUAUUGUAAGGGAAAUUCUUGGGGGCCCCUUGUCAAUGUUGAUGGAGAAAUUAUUGGUGUAAUUAGUAAGGGAUUGGCUGCUGUUGAUGGAGUGAGUUUUGCUGUACCGGUUGAUUCGGUCUCUAAAAUUAUACAGUAUUUCAAGAAAAGUGGAAGGGUGGUUCGACCUUGGCUUGGACUGAGAGUGGUUGAUGUUAACGAGAUGAUCAUUGCACAACAUAAAGUAAGAGGGAAUACGUUUCCAAAUGUCAAUAAGGGUGUUCUCGUACCUAUGGUAUGUCCUCUAAUUGUUUCCUCCCCCAAUCUUAUUUUAUAAAACAAAAUGAAAAAAGUAUUUUAUGAGACGGUUUUAUGAAACCCCCCUCUCAUAACAUGUGUGGGUCCCAUAUGCUAUGAGAGGGUGGUCCCAUGAGAUACCCUUUUAUAUUAUAAUGUACUUGGCCAUGUUUUAUGAAGGGUUAUAUGUUAUACUUGAAAAUAUAUCUAAGAUCACAAUAAUUUGUUCUUUUUGGGUGAUGCAUGUUUUAUUAAUUUCUAUACUUAUUUGCAAACUUACUCUUUAGAUUCUUAUCUCAAUGGAGUUUUGCUGGCUACAUGUAGGGUUUACAAUCAUUGGUUUGUAGAAACUGGGAUGAAUAUA